AUGGACACAGUCAUAACCAGCCUGCCCCCAACAGUGGGCACUAUCCUGAUGGAUAAUAUCUCAAUCAUCCAGAUCGUGUCCAUGUUCUCAAUCGGCGCGUACAAUGGUCUAGAAACAGGAAUCGUCGCGUUUGAUGCGUUCAAAGGCUACCGCAGCCUGUAUUUCUGGAGUAUCCAGGUCGCAUCCUGGGGGAUCGUUCUGCAUGCUCUUCCUGCCAUGGCUCGCUUUCUAACACAAGCAUCCAACAUCGCGACGUCAGUCCCCUUCGUGAUCGGAUGGUAUGCUAUGGUCACCGGCCAAGCCAUUGUACUGUACUCGCGUCUGCACUUUGUUGUCUCCAACGUGAGGACGCGGCGUUGCGUUUUGUGGAUGAUCAUUAUCAACGCCUGCAUCCUACACAUUCCAAUGACCGUUCUCUUCUUCGGCCUCACCAACGGCGACGCACGUCUCGCUCGCCCUGCCGCAAUCUUCGACCGAAUCCAGCUGACGGCCUUUUGUGUGCAAGAUUCCAUCAUCUGCAGCAUUUAUGUAUACGAAUCAGCUCUUACUUUCAAGAAGAUCAGCACCAUUCGUGGUCAGAACAGUCGCAGUGCCAUCAUUCAUUUACUUUGGAUCAACAUUCUUGUCGUGUUUCUCAAUGUCCUGCUCCUCGUCACAGAAUACAAGCUUCACUACAUUCAAGUGAGCUUCAAGAUGGUGGUAUACAGCAUCAAGCUGAAGUUGGAGUUUUCUGUACUCAACCGUCUUACUUCAUUGCUUCGCUCCUGUACCUGUCAGCGUGAAUCCGGGGAGCGGCGGCGAUCGAGUGGACGGAACCUGUUUAAUAAGCUUCUUCCGCAGUCAGCUACGGCAUCGACGACGGAAUUGCGGCCUGCAGCCCAGGGAGAGGUACCAGAUCGUCGCAUAUUCCCGACAUGCUUCCAAAGAAAGCAGGGAGCGCGACGCGAGACGUCCAGCGAGUGUAUGACACCCCCAGGAAACACGUCGUACUCACGGCGUACUUCCGAGUGUCAGACAGACACACAUCAAGCUGGAUCAUCCGAAACUUUGCCGGCGCUAGAAUUGACUUUAUCUGAGUUUUCCCCAAAGUUUGACGUUUGA